GCGCUCUGUUCUCCUCGUAGCGCCCGACUUCCUGGCUAGUCGUUCAUCCUUUGCAUUAGGGUCAAGGCCUUCGCAAUGUCUUCAUCCGAUGGUGCCACGGAGGCAGCGUCCGUCUCCGUAUUAGAUCGUGUGCAGUCAUUCGUGUCUGAACACAAGCAGGCUUUGCUUCUCGGAGCCGCUGUCGUCGUUGCUGCUGGCGGCGUUGCCUAUUAUGCCGCAUCAUCCUCGUCGUCGUCCAGUCCGCCUCCAAGUGAGGCAGGUGACCUUGAGAGCGGUAAGAAAAAGAAGAAACGCGCGGCUCGCAAAAAGAAGGCUGGCAAGGGAGCAGAUGAUGGUCCAUUAAUAGAAGAAGUGGGGCCACAGACUGUUGACGACUUGCUUGCAUCCAGUGUUGGCGCGGAGAAGAAAUCCGUAGAUGAACGGAACAAGCUCGCGUCAGAGCUCAAAUUGAGAGGAAACAAGGCAUACCAGGAGCGGAGCUUUACAGAUGCCGUAAAAUGCUACACCCGGGCCAUCGAGGUAGCUUCAGAGCCAGAUCCCGUCUUCUAUAGCAAUCGCGCGGCAUGUUACAUGUACUAUCCUACUCCCGAGUACGAGAAAGCUGUUGAGGAUUGCACUGAAGCACUCCGUAUCAAUCCGAAACAUGAACGAUCUGUCGGGCGUCGAGCCACAGCACUCGAGAAGCUUGGACGAUACGAGGAAGCUCUGAGAGACUUUACUGCCAUUACCCUGCUAACUAGAUUCUCCGACCCGAAACUUGCGGAAGCGGUUGAGCGGGUGCUGAAGCUUUUGACCGAGCCGAAAGCACGCGAUAUCAUGUCGAAACGCGAAUCUCAUCUGCCUCCACACACCUUCGUCGAUGCUUACUUCGGCGCUUUCCGUUCACGACCUAUACCGGACCUUCCCGAGAACCCGUCGACAGGGGACAACACGCUCAAGCUCUCACUUGAGGCACUCGCCGCUCACGACUAUACACAUGCUUUAACACUUGUGAACGAAGCAAUUGAGCAGGGCAUUUCUUUCGAUGCAGGUCGUGCUCAUGCACUUAACUUGCGUGGCUCUUUCCGCUUCCUCAUGGGUGAUUCGCAGGGUGCGAAGGACGACCUAGAAGCCGCCAUCGCGGCUCAACCAGAAUUCACGCAGAGCUUGGUGAAGAUUGCAAGCGUGCAUAUGGAGCAGAGUAAACCCGAAGAUACGUUUGCUGCCUUUGAGCAGGCGAUUAAACAUGAUCCGAAAGACCCGGAUAUUUACUACCACCGUGGACAGGUCCUCUUCAUCAUGCAGGAAUUUACGCAGGCAGCGGAGAAUUAUCGCAAAUCCUUCGAGCUUGACCCGACAUUUGUCUUCAGUCAUAUUCAACUGGCGGUUGCUCAGUACAAGGCAGAUCAGCUCUCUGAGGCGAUGGUGACAUUCCGAAAGGCACUUAAAGCGUUCCCGCAAAGGAGCGAACCCUACAAUUACUAUGGCGAACUUCUACUGGAUCAAAAACGCUUCGAAGACGCAAUCGAGAAAUUCGACCGUGCCAUUGAGAUCGAGAAGGCAAAGAACCCUCCAAUCAACGUUCUGGCAAUGGUUAACAAGGGUUUGGCGCUUUUCCAAUGGAAGAACGACCUUGCAGGUGCUGAGAAAAUCAUAAAAGAGGCACUUGAAGCAGACCCAGAGUGCGAGGCUGCUGUUGCAACACUCGCGCAAAUUAGUUUGCAGAGGGGUGAAGUCGAACAGGCGAUGAAGUAUUUUGAACGGCAGGUUGACCUUGCGAGGACUGAGGCGGAUGUCAUGAAUGCUUUGCAGUUUAUGCAUGCCGCGAAAGCGCAAAACGAAUUUUCGCGUAAUUAUCCGGACAUUGCGGAGAUGUUCCGUUAUGCGGAAAGUCAACAAAAUGCAGCACUUGCUGCUGGUGCUCCGCCUGCGUUUUUGUAAAGGGCACUCAAACAAAUAACGAUCAUCCUGAAUAGUUAUUUUAUAUGAACUGAAAAACCGUAGACCUCCUGCCUUUGGUAGUGCAGCAGACUCCAUUCCUUCCUUCCCUUUACUUACCCAUACCUAUGCCUAUUCACAUAGCUUUCCCUCCCUAAAAUGCAAUCGACAACACCACAUUCAAGCAUCUUUAAUUGAUUACACUUUUCAUAAUACAUGUUUUUUAAACUUUUUAUGAGUUUGUAAUUCCAGCUUUCCCUACUCAAUUGCUGUGUUUGUCUCCAUUGAUUUGUUGUGCCAUCAGCUGUAGCACUUCAGGUUGGUUGGUUUAACCAGGAGAGUCAACUUUCUAUUAAC